GAUGAAGAUGUCACCAGCCAUCAUCUGCCUUGCCCUGGGCCUGGCCCUCAUCUCUGGUGAAGGGUCUGCCUUGCCCAAGUCCCAGGCAGCCCACUUGGCCACGAACUUUGGUUUGAAGGUGUUUCAGCAGGUGGUGCAGGCCUCCAAGGAUGGCAACGUGGUGUUCUCACCCUAUGGGGUGACCUCUGUGCUGGCCAUGCUGCAGCUGACCACAGGAGGGGACACCCGGCAGCAGCUCCACGCAGCGAUGAAAUUCAAGAUUGAAGAGAAAGGCAUGGCCCCCGUCCUCCGUCAGCUGUACAAGGAGCUCAUGGGGCCAUGGAACAAGGAUGAGAUCAGCACAACAGAUGCCAUUUUCGUCCAGCGAGACCUGAAGCUGGUCCAGGGCUUCAUGCCCAAAUUCUUCAGGCUGUUCCACAGCACGAUCAAGCAGGUGAACUUCACAGAGGUGAAGAGAGCAAGGUUCAUCAUCAAUGACUACGUGAAGAGACACACAAGAGGGAUGAUCAGUGACUUACUUGGCAAAGAGGCCAUAGACCAGCUGACACGUCUGGUACUGGUGAAUGCCCUCUACUUUAACGGCCAGUGGAAGAUGCCCUUCCCAGCCUCAGACACCCACCACCGCCUCUUCCACAAGUCUGACGGCAGCACAGUCUCCGUGUCCAUGAUGUCUCAGACCAACAAGUUCAACUACACUGAGUUUUCCACCCCUGAUGGCCAUUACUAUGACAUCCUGGAACUGCCCUACCACGGCGACACUAUCAGCAUGUUCAUUGCUGCUCCCUAUGAAAAAGAGGUGCCUCUCUCUGCCCUCACCAACAUUCUGGAUGCCCAGCUCAUCAGCCAUUGGAAAGGAAACAUGACCAGACUGCCCCGCCUCCUGGUUCUGCCCAAAUUUUCCCUGGAGAGUGAACUUGACCUCAGGAUGCCCCUGGAGAACUUGGGGAUGACCGACAUGUUCAGGCCAGAGCGGGCAGACUUCACGGGUCUUUCAGAUCAAGAGCAUCUCUACGUGUCACAGGCGCUGCAGAAAGUGAAGAUCGAGGUGAAUGAGAGCGGCACAGUGGCCUCCUCGUCCACAGCCAUCGUGGCCUCGGCCCGAAUGGUACCCGAGGAGAUCAUCAUGGACAGACCCUUCCUCUUCGUGGUGCGGCACAACCCCACAGGCACAGUCCUCUUCAUGGGUCAGGUGAUGGAACCUUGACUUUGGAAAAAGAAGCCCUCAUCUGGGAUAGAACUGGAGACAUAUCAGAAAAGCAGAAACUCUAAAAAGAAGAAUUUUUGUUUUAAUUAUUCUUUGGAGAAAGAGAAGAUAUUU